GUGGAUGGGCGGAUGCAAGCUUCCCAAAAGACGUACAGUCAAGCUGAUGAUAAGUUAAUGAUUACAGGCCUACAUAUAUGGGCCAGAGGCGUAGUACUGAGCAAAACAUUAUCAUUGUUAUCGUUCUAUGAACACGUCGACAGCAGUUGAAAGAACGAUCACUAGUCAACCUGCUAACCAAUUCAUUUUGUGGCAGUAAAGUUGGAGGAAUUCGCCGGUCUUGUUCGAUGUUAUUAUCCUUUCAGUCAUAGAAUUAAUAUAAGACGUUAUCCCGCCGGUGCUAUUAGCCGGUAGAUAGAAACGUAAACUAAGUGAGAUGUCGAUGUUCUCAUGGUAUUGGCCGACUUCGGAGAACGAUGUGAAGCUCUCGGAACAGAAGAUGUUUAAAGAUUUGACCCACGAUUAUAAAAUACACCAGGUGCCUAUAUUCGAAGGGAAGGAACACAUCAAUACAAUUACCGUUCUACCUACUGUAAAAGUACACGGAAGCUCUGAAGAUGAAGGCGUCUGUGCUGAUAUCGCUACUGCGAUCGGAACUAGCCGUGAUUCUACGGCAGAUGUAGUCAUCGCGCACGGAUACGGCUGCGGGAUUGGUCACUAUUUUAAGAACUAUGAGCCCAUUGCGAGAGACACACAGCGCCGAGUGCACGGUAUAGAUUGGCUGGGAAUGGGCAACUCCAGUCGGCCAAACAUGUCCAAAAAUCCAGACGAUGUAGAGACUAUCGAAAGCCUGUACGUCCAAUCCCUGGAAGAGUGGCGUCAAGCUAUGAACAUUGACAAGAUGGUGCUUGUAGGACACAGUUUGGGCGGCUACCUCAGCGCAGCCUAUGCUCUUAAGUAUCCGCAAUAUAUAGAGAAGCUCGUGCUGGCGUCACCCGUCGGGAUUCCAGAACGGCCUGCAGAGGUGCCCGAACGCAUCAAGCAGUUGACGGGAAUGCGUAAGCUGGCGUAUAAUGUUGUCAGGAUGGGAUGGGACGCCAAUAUCACAGCUCAGCCACACCUUUCAUUCCACUAUAGCAUCAAGAAUGAGACUGUUUUUCUAUAUGGGAGCGAAGAUUGGAUGGACAAGUCUGCAGCAGAGCAGGUGUCUCUGACCAUGGACGUGCCCACACGUGUGCAUGUCAUAUCGCAAGCUGGCCAUAAUCUGUUUGCUGAUAACCACAUAGAGUUUAAUAGAGUGCUAGUUGAGGAGAUUCUGGGUACGAAAUCCACCACAACGGCGCCGGUUAGCGAGAGGGCGUAGACGGUACUUUACGGCAGGAACUAUAUAAAGACAGAGGUGUCCCUUGCCCCUGGGAGUUAUUCGAUGAGUAUCUCUUGAGAGAUCCAUCUGUGAGUACUGAUGUACGAGCCCUCCGCCUCACCCUAGUAUCGCAGUAAGUUGCUAGUAAGCAGUAGUGAAUGCCCUAAGUUAGCCGCUGGGCAAUGGUCAACGGCCGCGAGAACAUCUGGAGAUGUAUUUACGUAGGGCUGGUUAUAUUAUAGACGAGCACGAUGGAAGAUAAGUUAUAAGGUCGAGUCAGACGCGGUACAGGUGCGGUCAAUUUACACUCACACUUAUGAUAUCUGAAGUGUGGGCUCCGAAAGUUGCGAAGGAUUGUGUGUAAGGGAGUAGAAUCGGAUAAAUAUUAGAUGCAGUUAAUACCUAAUAACGAUAGUGUAUUAUGAACUAGGAGCGGCGCGCCUGAGUGGUUAACUGAGAAGUGUCUGCGAAGUAUUAAAAGUAUAUUCGU